AUGGAAGGCGAUCAGUGGAAGGAGUCGAAUCACUGGGACCAGGAGUGGGGCGCCUGGGAUCACAGGUGGUCUUCAGGAUCACGCUGGGACUGGGAGGCUGACCAAGAAAAGGAGAAGGAGAAGGAAAAAGAAAAGGACAAAGAGAAGGACAAGGAGAAGGACAAGGAGAAGGUGAAGAAGGACAAAGACAAGAAGGACAAGAAGGAGCGGAAAGAGAAGAAGGAGAAGAAGGAGAAGGACAAGCACCGAGACAAGGUGGCCACAAUGGACUCGGAGCCGGCCGAAAGGCGCCAGGCGGAAGCAGCUGAGAAGGCUAAGCGGGAGGCCGAAGCCAGGAGGGCAAAGCUGGAGGCGGAAGCGGCUGAGAAAGCGAAACUGGAGGCAGACGCCAAGAGGGUGAAGGUGGAGGCGGAAGAAGCUGAGAAGGCGAAGCAUGAGGCAGCGGCUGAGAAGGCAAAGCUGGAGGCAGCAGCAAAAAAGGCGAAGAUGGAGGCGGAAGCGGCGGCGGAAGCAAAGAUGGAGGAGGAAGCUGCCGAGAAGGCGAAGCUGGCGCAAGAGGUGGAAGCUGAGAAGGCGAAGGAGAAGGCAAUGGUGCCUUCUCAAGUACCUGCGGAAUCCAUGGGAGGCUUCCCUGCUUCCCUGGAGGGUUUCGUCCGCUUCCUGCGGGAGCGCGAACAGAUCCGUGUGAGACGCGCUGAGGGUGCUCCUUGGCCCUGGACGGAGGACAAGGUGCUGCAGCACCUGCGCGUGAGGAACCUCCGCCACGAGGAGGACCGCAGUAGCAUCCUCAUCCGUCGACUCCUGGGCUCCGUGGAUGAGGUGCAGCAGAAGAUCCUGAACAUCUGGCUCUGGCGGCGCUUCGGCUCGGUUCACUUCAUUGCAGCCUUGGGUGUGGUUCAGAUCCCCACCACCGAUGCAGAGACCCAGGAGCUGCUGCGCCGCGUCCGGCGCACAGCGCUGGACUUGUGGCGCCAGGGCCUCCACAGCUGCAGCGACGCCUACUCCCCGGCCAAGAGGUGCCACGCGGCGGAGCUGGGCGCGUGGCACGGCGACGGCGCUUCCGCCGCCGCCUCCUUGGCGGAUGACCUGCGGAGCGGGCGGCGCCGCGCGCGGCUGCUGCGGAGGUCUUUGGCCGGCGAAAGCGGCGAACGCGGCGACAGCGCAGCGGCGGCGCAGGCGCAGCUUCUGGACGAGGAGCAGCUGCGGCAAGUGCUCGGCCAAAGUGCCGUGGCGGCGGCAGCUUUCAAGGAAAGCGGCACCUGGCGGCAGAUCAGCGGACGGCUGGACCCGCUUGAGAACGAGGUCUACAGCGCAGAGCUGCUUCGGGACCUCGACGCGCGCUGGGAGGAAGAAUCGCUGGAUGUGCCGCUGGACGCGCGGAGCCGGCGGGCGCUUGCGCGUUUGGGGCAGGAGGCGCUGGAGCCGCUGCGGCGCUUCGCGGAGUCUCGGGGGCUUCAAGUCUCCUUCGCGGAUCUUCGGGGGCAGCUUGGGGAGUUCCAGCGCUACCUGAGGGCCUGGGCGGGCCGACCAUCGCGGGAGCCCUUCAAACCGUAG